AUGAUUAAAUUACUGAUAAAGUUGAAGCAGGCUUCCUUACUGAUAAAACAAUCUCUCUCCCUUUGCUUCUUCGCUUCCUCUUCUCUUUUUCUUCGCUUCCUCGGCUUCCCCUUUAGGCAAAGCAAAUCAUCUCCGUCCGACAAUGGCCUUACACUGCAAAAUCACCUCUUCACUCUGCACUUGACCUCUCUUCUUCAACCCUCACUUCAGCCAUCUCCGAAUGCCCUACUCUUCUCGCUCUCUCUCAAGACCCCUCCUCUCUUGCAGCCCACCCACCACGGCCCUUGCUUCCAUGGCUUCGCAUUCAAAACAGCGAGCCCGACAGCCUCGGACUCGGCCCGGAUCGUUCGGAAAGUUUUCCUCUUCCUGCCCAAGGUCGAUCCGGCCGAGGGUCACGCCCAGAUUAAGGAAGUGAAGUUCGUGAAGAGCAGUGGGAGGGCCAAGGAUUGUCCCGAAAUGGGAGGCCCGAGUUUGCAAUUAUGGGUCCGUCUAAUGGGGGCAAGUCUUGGCAUAUCAAUGCUCUGGUUCAGAGGAAGAAGGAAGUUACAGUUAAAUCCAAGAAACCAGGCAAGAGAGCUUAUAAAUCACUUCUUGGUGAACAAGAGUUGGUACGUUGUGGAUUUGCUGGGUUACGGCUGACAGAGGAUACGAGUAAAAAUUACCAAGUCAGUGAGUAGAAUGUUGAUAAACAAAGGUCGACUCAAGUGACAAAAAGGCUCCGUUGACGGAGUGAGAAUGAAGUAACCAUCCAAGUAUUGUAGC